GCCCGGCGUGUGAUUGGCGGCGGCUUCGGAGCUGCCUCUGCCGCCGGCUAUGGAGCCUCCCCGCCGGCCCCGCCGCUUUUCCUCAGCUUCCUGCUGAGGGAAACACCUGUCCGGAGCCGGGGCCGGGGGCGCUGCUGCGAUAUCUUCUGGCAUGGAGUUGGGGGAUCAUGAACAACCUGUUGUUAUGAGAGAGGAAAACAAACGAAGGAGAAGAAGAAUGAAACCUCAUUGUACAUCGAGUAGUUUUUCAUCAAUGGAACUGAUACCCAUUGAGUUCAUUUUACCUACAAGCAAUAAACAUACUAAAGCACCAGAAAUUAUGUUACUCGAAAUAGCUGGCAACUGUACGGUUGAGCAAAUGAAGGCACAGAUUUGGAUGCGUGCAAUAGAGAUGAGUCAAACCACAGACUUCUACCAUGCAUUCACACCAGAUCAGUUUAUUCUUCAGUAUCAGAAGAAAGGGCAAUGGUAUGAAAUUUAUGAUAAACAUCAAGUAUUACAGACAUUGGACUGCAUAUUGUACUGGAAGGUGUUACAGAAAAAGGUAGGCAAGAUCUAUGUUGUCCAGAAACAAAAACCAUCAGAAGAAGUUCAGGAAUUUCAGCAGCAACUUAAUGAUUUAAUUGGUUAUGAUGUCACUGAUGUAAGCAAUGUGCAUGAUGAUGAACUAGAAUUUACCCGACGCAGAUUAGUCACUCCACGAAUGAUAGAGGUAGCCUGCAGAGAUCCUAAAUUAUACGCAAUGCACCCCUGGACUACAUCUAAGCCACUCCCAGAAUAUUUAUUUAAAAAAAUCACUAAUAAUAACAUUUUCAUAAUCAUACAUAGAGGAACUACUAGUCAGAAAAUUAAAGUGUCAAUAGAUGACACUCCAGAUAUGAUUCUCCACAGCUUUUUCACAAAAAUGGCAAAGAAAAAGUCUUUGAUGGACAUUCCUGAAGAUCAUAGUGAACUGGAUUUUGUUCUCAGGGUUUGUGGCAGAGAUGAGUACAUUACUGGAGAGACACCAAUCAAAGAUUUUCACUGGAUAAGACAGUGCCUUAAGAAUGGGGAAGAAAUCCACCUUGUCCUUGACAGUCCCCCAGACCCGAAUGAAGAUGAGGUUCGGAAGGAAGAAUGGCCCUUGGUGGAUGAUUGUACAGGAGUUACAGGGUAUCAUGAGCAGUUGACAAUAGAUGGAAAAGAUCAUGAGAGAGUCUUCACUAUCUCUUUGUGGGAUUGUAAUAGAAAAUUUAGAGUGAAAAUAAUUGGCAUUGAUAUCCCAGUUUUACCAAGAAAUACUGAUCUUACUGUAUUUGUAGAGGCUAACAUUCAACAUGGGCAGCAGCUCCUUUCACAGAGAAGGACUUCAUCAAAGCCUUUUACUGAGGAGGUUCUGUGGAAUAUUUGGUUGGAGUUUGAUAUCAAAAUCAAGGAUUUGCCUAAAGGAGCACUUCUGAAUCUUCAGAUAUACUGUGGCAAAGCACAGGGACCAUCUGCAAAAACAAACCUUCAGUCACACGAAUCCUCUAACUCUGAUGCAAAAUGCAAAACCCAGCUUCUCUAUUAUGUAAAUCUUUUGUUGAUAGAUCACCGUUUUUUGCUACGAAGUGGGGAGUAUGUGCUCCACAUGUGGAAAAUUCCAGGUAAGGGGGAAGAACAAGGAAGUAUAAAUGCAGACAAACUCACAUCAGCAACUAACCCGGAUAAAGAAAACUCAAUGGCUAUCUCUAUUGUGCUGGACAAAUAUUGUCACCCAAUUGCCUUGCCCAAGCAUAGGAUAUCAUCAGACCCCCAGGGGGACAGGACCCGAGCUGAAAUGCCCAACCAGCUUCGCAAGCAACUUGAAGAGAUCAUAGCAACUGACCCACUUAAUCCACUUUCUCCUGAGGACAAAGAACUGUUGUGGCACUUUAGAUACGAGAGCAUAAAGCACCCCAAGGCAUAUCCUAAGCUGCUUAGCUCUGUGAAAUGGGGACAACAAGAAAUAGUGGCCAAAACAUACCAGUUACUAGCUAAAAAAGAGAUUUGGGAUCAGAGCACUUUAGAUGUUGGACUCACAAUGCAACUUCUGGACUGUAACUUCUCAGACGAAAAUGUCCGAGCAAUGGCAGUUCAAAAACUGGAAAGUUUAGAAGAUGAUGAUGUUCUUCAUUAUCUUUUACAGCUUGUGCAGGCUGUGAAAUUUGAGCCAUAUCAUGACAGCGCAUUAGCCAGAUUUUUGCUGAAACGUGGUUUGAGAAACAAAAGAAUUGGUCACUUCUUGUUUUGGUUCUUAAGAAGUGAAAUUGCCCAGUCCAUGCACUACCAGCAGAGGUUUGCAGUCAUCCUUGAAGCCUACCUUAGGGGCUGUGGAAAAGCAAUGCUGCAUGAUUUCAUGAAGCAGGUUCAAGUAAUUGAAUUGCUGCAUAAAGUCACAAUGGAGAUUAAAUCAGUUUCUGCAGAAAAGUAUGAUGUUACUUCUCAAGUUAUUGCACAGCUGAGACAAAAGCUUGAAAAAUUACAGGGCAGCAAACUUCCAGAAAGUUUUAGAGUUCCUUAUGAUCCUGGGCUGAGGGCAGGAGCACUAGUGAUAGAAAAAUGUAAAGUAAUGGCGUCUAAGAAGAAGCCCCUCUGGCUUGAAUUUAAAUGUGCAGAUCCAACAGCUCUGUCAAAUGAAACCAUAGGCAUCAUCUUCAAACAUGGAGAUGACCUCCGUCAGGACAUGCUAAUUUUACAGAUUCUUCGAAUUAUGGAAUCCAUUUGGGAAGCAGAAUCCUUGGACCUCUGUUUGUUGCCAUAUGGUUGCAUUUCUACAGGGAACAAAAUAGGAAUGAUCGAAAUUGUGAAAGAUGCUACAACAAUUGCCAAAAUUCAACAGAGUACAGUUGGGAACACUGGUGCAUUUAAGGAUGAAAUACUAAACCAGUGGCUCAAGGAAAGAUGCAUGAUUGAAGAGAAGUUUCAGGCAGCUGUGGAGAGAUUUGUUUAUUCUUGUGCUGGAUACUGUGUGGCAACCUUUGUACUUGGAAUAGGGGACAGGCACAAUGACAACAUCAUGAUUACAGAAACAGGUAACCUUUUCCAUAUUGAUUUUGGCCAUAUUCUUGGGAAUUAUAAAAGCUUUCUUGGAAUUAAUAAGGAGAGAGUUCCUUUUGUGCUGACUCCAGAUUUUCUGUAUGUCAUGGGAACUUCCGGAAAGAAGACAAGUCUCCAUUUCCAUAAAUUUCAGGACGUAUGUGUGAAGGCUUAUUUAGCUCUCCGGCACCACACAAACCUGUUGAUCAUCCUGUUCUCCAUGAUGCUAAUGACUGGAAUGCCCCAAUUAACCAGCAAAGAAGACAUUGAAUAUAUCAGGGAUGCACUGACAGUAGGGAAAAGUGAAGAAGAUGCCAAAAAGCAUUUUCUUGAUCAGAUAGAGGUUUGCAGAGAUAAGGGCUGGACGGUGCAGUUUAACUGGUUUUUGCAUCUUGUGCUUGGAAUAAAACAAGGAGUAGAAAAGCAUUCUGCUUAAUAUUUUAUGUAAAUUAACUGUGGGUGUGAAUAGGAGGUUAGUGAACUUACAUGUUAUUUAUGAAUUCUGAAUAAAUGAGCAGUCAAAAUUGCCUUUACUCUUCUGGCAGCUUAAAUGGAUCUUGUAAAAAGGCAAGGACUUUACUCUGCCCCUCCAGAAGAUCUUUCUGGAGAUAAUUUUUUUUUAAUUUCUAAUGACUCUUCAAGUUGCUCGGUUCUUAUAACUAGUUGCUUUGCUGAUGUGGCUUGGAUUUUUUUUUUUCUUUCUUUAGCAAUGAUUUCAGAAAAAUAUAAGGAGGAGGUUGAAUAAGAUGAAGUUGAGAAGAUAACCUACAAACCCCCUAUGACCUUACCUUGAUUGUUCAUAGGGGUCAAGUCCUUCAAAACCAGAAGAAUUUAGAUAAAAUCUGUGGUUAUAGUGAAAUCUCUGUAGACAAUUCACACCUGUGUCAGGAUGGUUUACACACAAGUGUUCUUCAUCCACAUCCUUCUCUUUUGUCCUUUCUUCAACUUUUUGUCCUUUCUGGAUUUUUAAUAUGUUGUCAAUAGAGAAGAGUUUUGGCUCUGCCAUUGAAGGAAAUUGCCUUACUGUUACUGUAAUCUCCUGACACAGACAACCAAUCUCUUGAGUGCCAGGAGAACUUCAUUGUUACCUGGAAGUUCCUCAAAUUUGAACAUGAAAUUCUGAAGGUUUAAUUUUGAAAGAUUUUUUACUGUACUUUUUAGUGGGGAAUGUCCAUAUUAUAUUACAGAUUAUAUUCUUAGUGUAAAGUUAUUAAAACUCCACUUGUAUAGGAAAAGCUUUGUACAAAAAAACAUGGUACUUCCUUA